UUAAGGAAAAUCAGAUUUGGAUUAAAAUAAGCAAAUAACCUUUUGCAACACAUUGCCAAAGCUUUGUAUCUAAAAAAAGUUCCAAACCAAGAAACGCAAAGAGAAGAAAAGAAAAGAAAAGAAAGAGGACAUGGAUUCUGGUUUGUCCUGGGCUGAUCAAUGGGAUAACAACCCCGACCCACCACCACCGGGAUCAUCAGAGAAUGACAAGAAGAAGGGCAAGGAUGGAUCAAAGAGCAGUAUCGGGAAGGCAAUUUUAAGCUUCAAGUGGGUGGAAAAGCUCCGGAAGAAAUCAGCGAAAGAAUCAGAUUCAUAGAACACUACAUGUGUCGAACAAUGUAGCCUCUUCCAUCUCCUUGCAGCAAUAAUAUGCCACUAAUAACCAGUUUAAUCCCAUUUGUCUUCAUUUAGUGUUGCACUUUUAUAGCUGCAUUUGUCACCUCAACAUUGAUUUAAUAAUAAAAUUUACAGUUUUCUCAUUUA